AGGGAUCGAUCAAACUCAUGUUGACCCCGCAGGAUGCUCUUGGAGUCGCCAUGCUGCCCAUCACGUUCGUGUUGCAGUACGAUCGCACUGCAGUCACGCCUUCGAAGGCCUGAGCCAGCAGUCCGCUGCCGAUUCAGUCUCCCACAAGGGCUCGUGGCCCAUCCUGGCCAAAUAGCGAUCAGGCAUUUGUAUCUUCUGGACUCUCUCGUCCAGCUGCCCCAUCAUCUGGUCACGACAAAAACAGAUACGUAACGGCGAGUCGGGUGAAUCCUUCAGCGCAGCCACGAGCGCAAGGGGUCCCAUCGAUGAGCGCUCUCGACGCACGAGAUGGGACCCUUAUUCCAGCCGGACCGUCAGCCUGGACGGCUGCAACGCGGGCGGCAUCUCCCGAGCGGCCCCGCGCUGCGGCGCCGCCAUCAAUCAGCGUGCACCAUAGCUCUGUCGGCCAAAGGAAGCAUCGCUAUCCGACGCCCGUGGACGGAGAUUUGCGAUACUCUCGUGCGACGACUGUAGCGCUAUCUGGAAAAGCAGCCUCGCGCGACUUGCCGCACACCGCUUCUGUCACAUCUGCAGCGGCAGCGGCUCCCACAUCGUCACGGAGCGAGAGCAGAUCCAACGACGUGGUCGGACAGCUGGUGGAGAUGGAGUCUGCGGAAGAACGCAGCAUGAGAGCGAGGAAUGAAAAGCUCCGUCAAGAAGUCAACACGUUGAAAUUGGAGCGCGAGAGACAAGAGCUGUUGGCGGAGCUUGAGCGGGAGAAGUGCAAGUUGCAGCGAGUCAUCCGAGCGAACAGCUAUAGUAGUCCUCAUCGACCACUGCAACGCAAAAAUGCCGACGUAGGCUUAUCGGCCUCUGGCGGUACCGCUGACGAUUCGGCUGUGGCCGAGCAUGAACCUAAGCCGCAGCUAGACGCUUUUUCGGACGAAACGAGAAACGGUAAUGCGGAUGAGCGGCCACAAUUUCUGAAGGAGCAUGACGAGCGACAAAGCACGAAGGCGGAGAUUCCUUUCGCAGGCAAGCUCUGCCCCGACCGUGUGAGGCUUGAAACCAAUAAGCGAGCCUCCACCGAACGGCCAAUGGACGAGCAGCGCCCCUCCAAAACUCGCUGUAAGAGUCCCGGAAAAGAAGAUACGAAGUUGGAAGGGAGCAAGACGACCGUUGAUAAGCGUGCUUGUAGAGAGCGAGAGAGGAUUCGCGGCGAGCGCGAGGAAGAAGACAGAUACAUCUACCAGACGGAGCAUCGUGAUAGACGCCACCAUUCCAAAGAUCAACGUGGAUCUGACGAGGCAGAGAAAGGUCGCACAAGCAAGAGUGAGAGAUCUCGUGAAGACGAGCGAAAAGACCAGCGAUCGAGAUCGCCCGCCCGAGCAAGACGUUGCUCGUAGACGUCGUCGCGAGCGAGUGAAUAAGUAAAUUGUCCAGGUUGAAGCAUGCCCGUUCUUGGGAACCACGGCUGCAAGAAUGAGCGACAAAUUUUCGAGCGCUAGCAUUCUCGUCCCGACGUA